AUGGUACGUCUGUUGAGAAAGUCGUCGACGACGAAAGGAGGAUCCAGAUUCGGGGACCCGGUAGACUUGCUGACCAGGGGCUCUGGCAAGAGACCUACGGAGGGCGCCGCUUUCGUUGAGCCCCUGUUGUACACAGGCUCAGUUAGUCAGGAUCCAGCCGCGGAUGGCUCGUUUAAUUUUUAUGCAGGGAGAACACGGGAAGGAGACCGAAGGUUAUUGUCCACCCGAAGGCAAGGAAAUGUCGUACCAGGCUAUGCUCCCAGUCGAGAUAGGUCUGUCGAUUCCACGGACUGCAAUUUGAAAAGACACCAAGCUGCAACUCCGGCAAACAAGGCUAGGACAUUCCCUGCCAGACUCCAGUUACGGAUCAUGAACAGAGCCCCAACCGCACUUACAGUCCCAGGGAAGCCAGGCUCACGGUACCGUCGCCCUUUCUGCCACAUCCAUCAUUUUUUUGAAUGGCAACGCGGUAACAACGUAGAUCCAGUCAGCCCCAUCUCUCCCAAACGUACAAAUUCAAUGGCAGACAGUUUUGUUACCACCAGCAAAGAUACCAGUCGCACCCCUGGACAGGAAGACCACUGCCCAUCAAACCCAGAAUGUGCACUCGCUGCCCGAGUCCCUUGA